CGUGAUCGACAUCGACGGAGUAACAUUGAGCGGUGGAGCUGCAACAUGCAAUCAAUAGAUCGAUCUUACUUCCGGUGGUACGUCAUUCUGUUACUGUCGGUGUUGCUGUUUUUCAAUGGUUGUGUGUGCGAAGAUACAAGUGCAUCGGAAGAAAAUGAACUCUGUGUCCCGGACUGUAGUGAGAAGUGUGGCAAAAAUGCAAACAUUACGGAAAGCUCUGGCUUUCUAACGAACCGUUGGGAGUUUCCCUGGAGUGUGGCGAUAUUCCGGAUCGCUUUGGUGGCGGGAAGAACGAAGAAUAUAUUUCUCUGCGGUGGAACUCUUGUGGGGAGAGACGCCGUCUUGACCACAGCCGAGUGCGUUCUACAUGAGACAACAGCAUCGCUGCGGGUAUACGUUGGCCAAUGGGACUUGGCGGAGCGUAUUGAGGGUAGCGAAGAGAUCCUGGAAGUAGAGAAAAAGGUGAUUCAUCCGUGCUACAAACUAUUGAGUAAACAACACAAUCUUGCGCUGCUUAUUCUGGAUGAUAAUGUACAGCUUCGUCCAUCCGUCAAUCGUGUCUGUAUUGCGGAAGCAGAGCAACAGUACGAGCAUGACCAUCAUUGCUACACAGUCGGAUGGGGUACGGAGUUCAUUAACGGGACAAACCAGCUGCGCAAGCUGAAAGUCAGGCUGAUUCCUCACAACGACUGCCAGAAGUCGCUUCGAGCAUUUUUGCGACUCCGUGAAUACGAGCUUGUACCGGAGGCUGUCUGUGCUGUUGCCGAUGACGACAUAGAGCUAUCCGUGAAGGAUUAUCCGUGCUCUAGGAUAAUCGGUUCUGGGUUAGUGUGCACGGAGGGAUCACGCACCGAUCAGUUCUAUUUGGUGGGCGUUGGUUCUGAUUUAUCGCGCAAUUGCUCACACCGUAAUGUGCCUCCCGAUUUGUUCAUGGAUGUGAGAAAGUACACCGGAUGGAUCGAUAAUGAGUUAACGCGACGCUGAUGCGUGACAUUGAGUAGAAAUUUUUCAUCAUUAAAUUAACAACGUACAACAUUCUGUACUCACUCCUCAUUAAGAAUGGUGUGUGUUAGAGUGAAUCCUGGUAGUGUAUGUUUGCACAAAUCAUCUAAUAGUUUAAUGAAUCAAGCUAUCAAACAAACAGCUCAAAAAAGUAGAAAAAAUUCCACAACCAUUCCACAGUCAUUAUACAGCUCACCAGUGCCUGCCAAUAAGCAGGAAUUUAGGUUCUAGAUUGCAACGAUCUUCCCAAAAUUCUUAGUCGCGAUGAUCUAAAUUGAGUGAUACUGUCAUGUUAAGAAAAAGGCUUUUACAGCCGUGGAAAAGAAAAACUAAUACCGUUCAUGUUAUAAAGUAGUACCACGAUUAUUUCAUUGCUACACGAAUGCGCUAGCGAUUUAGCAGCUACGUAUUAAAAUUGAUUGAAUCGUACAGUCAAGACGAUAGCAUUUGCCAGCUCAGGAAUAUGAGGAUCACUUUGCUGCUGGUAUACUUUGCUUGAUUGCUUGAUGAUUUGACAGAAAUUCAAUUCGACUGGGAAUACUUGGAAGCGAGAUUGCGUCUGAUUUUCUUCGAAUUAGGCGGCAAACUAAAGGCGUCCGAUCUAAACGAUCGCUUUUUAUGCGGAACAAACCCAAGGGUCAAUUGAUAAGCGCUCUCUAUCAACAACGUGGUCUCAAUUGGCUGGGAUUCCCCAGAGGCUACACAUUCGUUGACAUCGUUGGCUGAUAGUGGAGAGGCAAGCUGUCGGAGAGAGGAGCACGUUGUUGUUGAUAGUCUCUGUUCACCGCAAAUCACCGAAGUCCGGCAGCCUUACAGUCACUGCGAGAACGACCCCGGAAUCACAUCUAGUAGCCGUUUGUUGCUGGUUUCUUUCAAAGCAAAUGGAUCAUCGCUGGGGGUACAUUGUAGUGUUGCUGUCAUUAUACUGGACGUUAAAUACUUCGAUGGUGCUUUGUAAAGAGUUACCAGAUCCAUCGCAUUAUGAUGAGUUGUACCGGAGCCAAUGGAUGCCGACGACACGGGGGGAGUUUCCCUGGAGUGUGGCCAUAUUUCGGAAGGAUCAGUUGUACGGAAGACCAAAGAACAUAUUUCUCUGCGGUGGAAUUGUUUACGGGAAUGGUACGGUCUUGACGUCGGUCGAGUGCGUUCGAAACCAGCUCAAAGCCACUCUGACUGUACGCUUCGGUCGAUUGAACUUGGGAGAUGGAACAGAGCAGGACGAAGAGGUGCUGGAAGUAAAAACAAUAGUGCACCAUCCGGGCUACAAACCAUCGAGCAAGCAGCACAAUAUUGCGCUCCUGUUUGUGAAGAGCAGCACCACUUCAAGCAAAUUUAAUUCCCCCGUCAACCGUGCCUGUAUUGGGCAGCGAAAUCAGGAAUACAACACUGGCACUCCCUGCUACAUUGUCGGAUGGGAUACUGAGUUCAGGGAUGGGGCAAACGUGUUACUUAAGAUGCCUGUCUACAUACCAGAUCGCACAAACUGCCAGGAAUCAAUACGACUUUUUACGCGGUUGCCAAAAUUUGUGCUAUCAGCAAAGGAUGUCUGUGCUUCCGCCGUGGGACAAAUGGAGGAAAACUAUCCGUGUGCGAGAAUAACCGGUUCUGCGUUGGUUUGCGACAAGGGCGACGGUCAGCACUGUUUGGUUGGCAUCUCUUCGUACUCACUGCGGAAGUGUUCUCGCGCUAGGGUCAACGAUGUGUUUGUGGAUGUCCGAGAGUACAACGAAUGGAUCAACGACCAUGUUGAAAAUAACGUUAUCGUGCAUUAGUACGUUAGUACAAAUAAAACAAAUCCUUUGUAGAUCACUCGUGUUAGCAUACUAAUGGCACAUAGAUAUAUGGAGUACGUAUAGAGGACGUGGACAAUCGGACUGAUUGCCCUAUCACACAACCAUCAUUCAUUGGGUAAAAGUGUAAUCGUUCGUCGUGACGUCCAAAGUCGCACCAUUCACCACAAGUACGAGCAAUAGCAUAAACACUGAGCGGAGGUUAGACAGAAUGGCGAAUAAGACGAUGGCCGAAAUCAUAGCGUCGCGGCUAAGCGUCCAACGCUCAACGUUUCUCGACCGGAUUAGCUUGACUCACGUAAAGUGUAAUAAUUGUCCUUGAAUACGCGAUAGACCCAGACCUACGGUGCCACGAACGGUUGUAACGACAUCCCCAGGUGUAAGAAAACGAUUGCCAGAUGACAUCGGACGGCAGCGGUGACCUCGCUGCGCGCUCGACAGCCACACUUCACGGACGGUGUGCCACUUAUCUCUUACUUUCGGGGAGCUAGUGGCCAUCAUAAUCCUCACCACAUCUCUUUCAUUCAUUUUUUUUUCUUUCGCUCUUUCGCUCUGACAUCACUGACCAUAAAUGUUGCAGCUUAUUCUUCAUAUUUUGUUUCGUCCUCCACGAGAUUACCGCUGAUCAGCACACAACGUUCUAGAACAAUAAAAAAACGAACGGACAGAUGUUCUGUAACAGUGAUGCAGCGCUUGAUACCCUCGUGUAGUAUAACCGAGAAGUUGACGCCGGUAGCGCAGGGUCUCCUGACCAGAAGGACACAGAAACGGAAGGUUGCUAGAUGUCGUAGUUCAUCAAGCGUCGACUACUGGCGAGCCUUUAUGAGCCUUUGCCAUGCGUUCUUGUGUACUAGUUACGUUUUGGGUAUGAGCUAAUCCUUGUUAGGAGCAAUCGAGGAUGCGAAUCAAUUUCCGGUAGCCCAGAUCUAGUACCUAGCGUUCAUUUGACGGACAGCAGCACCGUGUUUUUUGGCAUUUUGAGUGAUGACCAUAGGGACAUCGACCAAUCAGCAGGAACGGACCAGCUUUGUGUGUUGGCAGAGGCACCGGCGAUUACGUACACUGCCGCUCGACCUGCACUGAUAACGAUGGUUAAUUCCCAUCGUUCCCAUCCAAUCGACAGACAGAUAAGUUCGUCUCUGUAACCACUACUGCAACACACCACAAAAAAAAAAUCUCAAAAUGGCAUUACG